GGAGGACAAGUGGGCGAAGGCGGCGGGGAAGAGGGCGAAGGGGGCUGGUCGUCGUCGUCAGUUUCGAGGGCGUCUCCUUUCCUCGGCCGGCGGGAAGCAGCUCUCCCUGGAGGAGGAGGGCCCUGCAGCUUCCAAAAGCUGAGGCUGGCUCCGCUUGAACUGGGACUACCCAGAGAAGGAUUCAGGGUGAGCCUUUCCUACCCACCCUCCGCCUUUUCUGUCCACGAGCAUGGAAGCCGUUGCAAAAUACGAUUUCGGAGCCACCGCAGACGAUGAGCUCAGCUUCAAACAGGGAGAUAUCCUUAAGGUUCUGGAUAAAGAAUGCGAUGUCAAUUGGUACAAGGCAGAACUCGAUGGCAAAGAUGGCUUCGUUCCCAAAAACUACGCUGAAAUGAAACCGCAUCCGUGGUUUUUUGGGGAGAUCCCCCGAGCCAAGGCAGAAAAAGUGUUAGGCCAACAGAGACAAGACGGUGCCUUCCUCCUCCGGGUGUGUGAGACCGUACCUGGGGACUUCUCCCUUUCUGUCAGAUGUGGAAGCGAAGUGCAACACUUUAAGGUGUUUCGAGACAGGGCUGGCAAAUAUUUCCUCUGGGCGCUCAGGUUCAGUUCACUGAACGAGCUAGUACGCCAUUACAGAGCGACCUCCGUCUCCAGGAAUCGGCAGAUAUUCCUCAGGGACAUGGAGCAGGUGUCUCCAGAACCCCCGUAUGUUCAGGCUCUGUUUGAUUUUGCCCCGCAAGAGGAAGAUGAGCUGGGCUUUCGGCGAGGAGACUUUAUCCAGGUCCUUGACAAUGCUGACCCCAACUGGUGGAAGGGAGCCUGUCGCGGACAAACAGGCACGUUUCCGCGCAACUACGUGACCCUGGUGAAGCAGAACAUCUAGAGCGGCUUAUUAGAAAUUAUUUCAGGAACAAGAGAGAAAAAAAAUAUCCACUCAAA